GCUUCUGGUCGCAACACUCUUGCUCGCACAAAUGCGGAAUGCUUGGAAGGUGCUCGAUUUUACCGGAAUCCCAGCCGUCCGGUGCAUAAAAUGUGGACUAAUAGUGAAUGUUCCAAAUAUUUUUUGUGCUUGGAAGGGGAAGUUUUUGAAUUUAAAUGCUCAGAAGGACUGCACUUUGAUGUUGUUAGACAAAUCUGUGAUUUUAAACAGAAUGUGGAUAAUUGUGACAUAACCGAAGAGACCUUAGCUCCUAAGCCACUGUUAGACGAUGCAGAUUGUGCGGAUAAAACUCAGUUGGGUUGUGGAGAUGGAACUUGUUUACCAAAUGAGUACUUUUGUGAUGGAUCUGUUGACUGCCCCGAUGGUUCAGACGAGGGUUGGUGUGAUAGUGAGAAUGAUCCAAAUGCUGCCGAUUCUUGUGAUAUGCGUAAUUGUCAUUUGCCGAAUUGUUUUUGUUCUAAGGAUGGUACACAAAUUCCCGGACGCUUAGAACCGCAACAAGUGCCACAAAUGGUACUACUUACGUUUGAUGAUGCGGUGAAUUUUGAAAACUGGGAACUUUAUUCAAAAGUUUUGUUUACACAAAAUCGACGAAACCCAAAUAAUUGUGCAAUUAAAGGCACAUUUUUUGUUUCUCAUCCUUAUACAAACUAUCAGUUUGUACAGAAACUAUGGAACGAUGGUCAUGAGAUUGGUGUACAUUCCGUAACUCAUCGUGGUCCUGAAAUAUGGUGGUCUAAAAACGCAACAAUAGAGGAUUGGUUUGAUGAAAUGGUUGGACAAGCUAAUAUAAUCAAUAAAUUUGCAUCAGUACGUAUGGAAGAAAUACGUGGUAUGCGUGUACCAUUUCUACGUGUUGGUUGGAAUCGUCAGUUUUUAAUGAUGAAGGAGUUUGGUUUUGUUUAUGAUUCCUCAAUGACUGCGCCAUUCUCGAACCCACCACUGUGGCCAUACACUCUUGAUUAUAAAAUACCUCACAGUUGUGUGGGUGUGAAUCAAAAUUGUCCUUCACGUAGCUAUGCAGGCGUGUGGGAAAUGAUUAUCAAUCAACUAGAAGCUGGCGAUUACACAUGCGGCAUGGUUGACAGUUGUCCUCCACACCUGACUGGAGACGAUGUAUAUCGUAUGUUAACGCACAAUUUUAAACGACACUAUCUUACAAAUCGUGCACCAUUAGGUUUAUUUUUCCAUUCAACAUGGUUUAAAAAAGUUGAUUAUCUGAAUGCGUUUUUGAAAUUUUUGGAUGAUAUUCAGAAAAUGCCGGAUGUUUACUUUGUAACAAAUCAGCAAGCGAUACAAUGGAUGAGACAACCAACUCCUAGCCAUCAGCUUCACUUAUUCGAGCCAUGGAGUUGCAAACCUAAAAACAUGGAUCAGCGAGAAAUUGCUUGCAUUGCGCCAAACACCUGCAAAUUACGCAGCCGCGUGUUACAACAAGACCGUUACUUUUAUACUUGCAAAGAAUGUCCACCACAAUACCCAUGGAUAAGAAAUGAAUUCGGUUUAGAUUAAAAAAAAAAACAUUUUCAAGACAAAUUUCAUGUGCAGGUUUUAAUUUUAAAGAAUCUGGAUCCAUGCAAAAGCUAUAGAGCUAAAUAUGUACGAGUAAACUGAAAUGAAUCAAAUA